CAGUGUUGAUGUGUCGCAGAUUUUAAAAAGUCAGGUGGGGAGGCGGAGUGAGUUUGGUGGGAGAUCCACGCAGAGACUCGUGGGGGCAGCGACAGAGCUCAGCGGGGGAACCAGCUUUACCAGAGCCCUAACAAGUCCUCCCCCGUCACCGCUUCAUUCCCACGCCGCCACUUAAACCAGCGGGAUCCCCGUCGCGACACGCGGGGAUGGAGCUGUCAUCGAUCGGGGACCAAGUGUUCGCCGUGGAGUCGAUAACGAAAAAAAGGAUAAGGAAGGGUAAUGUGGAGUAUCUACUGAAAUGGCAGGGAUGGCCCCAGAAGUACAGUACUUGGGAACCAGAGGACAAUAUUUUGGACCCUCGUCUGGUCCUGGCCUACGAAGAGAGUCAGGAGAAGCUCAGAGCUCUGGCGUAUCGCAAGAAGGGACUGAGACCCAGGAGGCUCCUGCUGCGGAACAUCUUUCCCAUGGACCUCCGCAGCGCUAACAAGGAAGGGGAGAAGCCCAGCCCGCGCGUGCGUCUCUCCCUCACCCGGUCCAUGAGCACAGAUGUGGACCAGGUGUACCGGCGCCCCAUCCGGAGGAAGGGCCGACAGCGAGUGACCAGCAGAGGGAUGCUCCGCAAACCCGUCCGUCUGCAGAGGAAGAAGCUGGAGCGCAUGCAGGAUGACUGGGGCACCAGUGAGGAGGACAAGCUGGAGUCUGAAGGCACCGCGGAGGAGAGAUGUGAAGACAGCUCAUACGGCCAGUCAGAUUGCAGCUCGCCUCCCUUGCUGGAAAGACAGGACUUGGACAUUGAGGUGGAGGAGAAGGUGCAGGCCCAUCUGACGGCAGCAGCAGCCGGUGCAGACGUACGGACUGAGAGAUCAGACGGAGACACGUGUGAAACCAGUCGGAGACAAACGUCUCCGUGCGACCAACCAAAGGACAGCGCCCCGGCGUCAGAGCCCGCACUAGGACACGCGGUGUUCGUGGACGAGCGGGGGAACCGGGUGGGAGACGGGAAAGCCGUUGAGUCUGGGUCGGAGAGAAACAACGCAAUCUCAGUGAUAGCGAGGGUGCAGGACGCCGACACCACGGAGAAGACACAGGUGAUAGGUGACGAUCUGAGCGUUACCAUGACAACACACGUCGCUCCAACUGACCCGGCUGCAGCCGACCUCCCUGCAAAGGUGAUCGUGACACAUGUGACUAUAAACUCCCUGACGGUGAUGUUUAAGGAGGCCACGGAGGCUGAAGGCUUCUUCAAGGGCUGUUGAACGGGAAAAGAAGGAAAUGUAGAUAACCAUAACUAGACUUCCCACUCAUUUUAUAAAUAUAAACGUUAUGUAUGAAAGAUAAUUCCACGUUUACACUCAUCUCCUACCGAGUCCAGUAAGACACGAUUUGCCUUUCAAUAAACAAAUGGGUGGUGACUUUAUUAUUGUGGCUGGUUCAGUAGUGGUGACGGGGAACAAUCAGGCAGACUCCUCAGCGGCAGGUUGAUUGUUCGGGGUUUGCUGGGACCGGGAGACGGCCGGCGAGGCGGCAGCCUGAAACGACGCGGUUCACAUAACUAUGAUGCAGCUACUUUCUCCAGUUGUCCUCAGUGCUUUCCAGCAGAGCGUCUGUCUCGCAGUUCAGUCAGUUCUCGGAGCCGGUUUCAGACGCUCCUCUUUCUUACGAGUACUGUUUUUGUAAAGAUGUUUCUUUUUAUUUGCACAGAGCUUACCGCAUGCCCCGUCAGUCUGUGCCGCACAUGCACAAAGCCCUGUCCUGUGAUUUGUUGGACGGGUUUAUUUCUGUCACAAAAGAAGUGCAACAAAGACGGAGGAUUAAUGGCUCCCGCUCAGAUGACGAUCAUUUCAAGGAAGUUGGAUGCACGGGGGGUGGGGGGUGUGCAUAAUUGUGUUUGCUGUCUGUCUGUCCUUUUAACUUUUUAAGUAUGAAAUGCUACCUGGUUCUAUUUUUGUAUUACCAGCUGAUAAUCCACUCUCUUCAGUAGCCUUUGUGCAUAUCAAAGAGGAAAUAUUAGUUUAGACUGCUGCCUAUAUGCUGUGUAGGAAAUGUGCAAACGGAAGCAUAUGUACUUUAGGUCAAACUGUAGUGAGCUACUAUUUAUUGCAUGUGACACUUUUAAGCUAAACUAACUUAUGUCACUUAAUGUUUCUGAAUCAGUCUCUCUCUGGCAAAGAUGGAUGGUCAGGUGUCUUUUUCUUUAAAAAAUAAAUAAAUGAAUACAAUA